GCGGAGGCGGGAGGACGAAGAAGGGGAGGAGGAGCCCGUCGCAGGAUGAAGGAUCGGACUCAGGAGCUGCGGAGUGCGAAAGACAGUGAUGAUGAAGAGGAGGUGGUCCAUGUGGAUCGAGACCACUUCAUGGAUGAGUUCUUUGAGCAGGUGGAAGAGAUCCGAGGCUGCAUUGAGAAACUGUCAGAAGACGUGGAGCAAGUGAAGAAGCAGCACAGCGCCAUCCUCGCCGCCCCCAACCCUGAUGAGAAGACUAAACAGGAGCUGGAGGACCUCACGGCAGACAUCAAAAAGACGGCAAACAAGGUUCGGUCCAAGUUGAAAGCGAUCGAGCAAAGCAUUGAGCAGGAAGAGGGGCUGAAUCGUUCUUCCGCGGACCUGCGCAUCCGCAAGACCCAGCACUCCACACUUUCACGGAAGUUCGUGGAGGUAAUGACCGAAUAUAAUGCAACUCAGUCCAAGUACCGGGACCGCUGCAAGGACCGAAUCCAGAGGCAGCUGGAGAUCACUGGCAGGACUACUACCAACGAAGAACUGGAAGACAUGUUGGAAAGCGGGAAGCUGGCCAUCUUCACGGACGAUAUCAAAAUGGACUCGCAGAUGACGAAGCAAGCCCUGAAUGAGAUUGAGACAAGGCACAACGAGAUCAUUAAACUGGAAACCAGCAUCCGAGAGCUGCACGACAUGUUUGUGGACAUGGCCAUGCUCGUAGAGAGCCAGGGUGAGAUGAUCGACCGAAUUGAGUACAACGUGGAACAUUCCGUGGACUACGUGGAACGAGCCGUGUCCGACACCAAGAAAGCUGUGAAAUAUCAGAGCAAGGCCAGGAGGAAGAAAAUCAUGAUCAUCAUUUGCUGUGUGGUGCUGGGGGUGGUCUUGGCGUCAUCCAUUGGGGGGACACUGGGCUUGUAGGCCCCGCCCUUCUCUUCCCCAGGACCCUCCCCAUACAUCGGGAGCAAUACCCCCCCCUUCACUUUUCCCCUGCUCCAAGCUCACUCCCAAAACAGACCCAGGCAGUCCCAGCCGCUCUCACCUCACGCAGACCCUGGAGUCCCUGGCUCUCUCUCACCUUGCCACGGCUCCCCUGCCCCCUUGCCGCACAUAGAUAGCAGCAGGCGUGAUCACACAUGCACACCAACAUGCAUGCCGAGGGCACAUGCUCAAGAAGUGUGGACACCCCAGCGUGUGUGUACUUGUGUAGAUGUAUGUAGAUGCCCUGAACCUCUUCUUGCUGCCACCUUCAUCCUGUGUGGUCUGAACUUCCCUCUCUAUCCGGUUGCUGUGCUAACUGUAGCAGCCCACCAUGGCCCAACCUGUUCUGUGUGAAUAGACAUGGAUAGUGUGUGUGUGUGUGUGUGUGUGUGUGUGUGUGUGUAUGUGUGUGUGCAUAGAUCUGUGCCCAUAUACUGUAUGUACAUGGAGUUUUGUGAGUACCUGUGAAAACCCAAUGUAAAUGCAAUUCCUCCACUGACCUUCCCUCCUAUCUGCUACAUUUGGAGUGGGAGGUAUGUGUGAGGAUAAUUCACAUCUUCAGAGGAUCCAGGGAGGCCCAGUGACCAUGCCACAUAUCUUAUGUGAUGUAGAAUAAACUCCUGACUUGGUUACUGCCAGGGGUCACAUCAUGUCCUGGGGUCUCUCUCUCUCUCUCUCUCUCUCUCUCUCUCUCUCUCUCUCUCUGUCUCUCUCUGUCUCUGUCUC